GUCCAGGGGCAGCCGGUGGCCGACACCGCGGGGAGACUCCGAGUGGCCGGGGCCGACCCACGGAGAGGACGGCCGGACCCCCGCCUUGACGUUUGACCUCCGAGCGUGACGUCCCAGCUGAGCCCGUGAGAGGCGAGGCCCGCGACCCCCCGCUGCCCCGGAUGGAUGGGGAUGGGGGGACCGGACCCACCCCGGGGCUCGCCGCCCCCCGAGAGACCCUCCUCCCCCGGUCCUAUGGCCUUCCUCCUCCUCCUCCUCCUCCUCCUCUGUGGACACGCCGAAGCCCAGUGCAAGAUCCUCCGCUGCAACUCAGACUACGUGUCGGCGACCCUGGCGCUGCGGACGCCCCCCGGGUCCGGCCCGGGCCCCCCGGCCGGGGUCUGCGACGCCCUGCGUUCCUACUCCCUGUGCACCCGCAAAACGGCCCGCACGUGCCGCGGGGACCUGGUGUACCACGCGGCCGUGCACGGCAUCGAAGACCUCAUGAUCCAGCACAACUGCUCCCGCCGAGGCCCCACGGCCGCCCCCCGCGUCCGGCCCAGGCCCCCGGCCCCCGGCCCGGGCCCUGACCCCUACCUCUGCGACUACGAGCGCCGGUUCGUGUCGAGGCACGGGCGGUCCCCGGACUACCAACACUGCGCCGCCUUCGGGGACCCCCACGUCCGCACCUUCCGCCACGACUUCCACACCUGCCGCGUCCUGGGCUCGUGGCCCCUGCUGGACAACCGCUACCUCUUCGUCCAGGCCACCAGCUACCCCGUGGCCCGGGACGCAAAUGCCACCGCCACCGGCAAGCUCACCAUCAUCUUCAAGAACAUGAAGGAGUGCGUCGAUCAGAAAGUGUACCGGGCCGAGCUGGGCGACCUGCCCGCGGCCUUCGAGGACGGCUCGGUGGACGGGGGCCCCCGGCCGGGCGGGGGCAGCCUGACCAUCCGGGCCCCGGCCCCCGGCCGCCACGUGGAGAUCCGGGCGGCCUACAUCGGCACCACCAUCGCCGUGCGUCAGGCCGGACGCCAGCUGUCCUUCUCCAUCCGGGCGGCCCGGGAGGUGGCCGGGGCCUUCUCGGAGGAGCAGGACCUGCAGCUGUGCGUGGGCGGCUGCCCGCCGGGCCAGCGGCUGUCCCGGGAGGACCGGCCCCGCCGGGGGGCCUCGGCCGUGGGCCCCGACGCGGCCCGGGCCCUCUGCCGGGAGCGGCUGCCCGUGGAGGACGCCUACUUCCACUCGUGCGUCUUCGACGUCCUGGCCUCCGGCGACCCCAACUUCACCCUGGCCGCCCACGCCGCCCUGGAGGACGCCCGGGCCUUCCUGCCGGACCUGGGGCGGCUGCACCUCUUCCCGCCGGACCGCGCCGGGGGCCCCCUCCGUCCCGCCCGCCCCCUCCUCCCGCUCGCUCUGGGGGUCUCCGUCUCGUGGUGUCGCUUCUGAGGACCCCUCGCUGUGGGGGGGGGGGUG